CGUACAUCCAGCACAGCCCCUGGCUGUAUUCACACACGGCGAUCUGAGAAGCGAUCAGCUCAUCAGUAUGGGAAGCAAUGGCUAUUCUCGGGGUCCUCACGCACUCUACUUUGAAAACCUAUCAAGGCAGAAAGUUGUCAUGGAGAAGAACACAAACCAAAGAAAACUUCGAGUAUGCGUGGCAACCUGCAACAGAGCCGACUACUCCAAGCUGGGUCCUAUUAUGUUUGGGAUCAAAGCUGAAUCUGAUAACUUUGAACUUAGUGUAGUGGUUAUCGGAUCACAUCUAAUCGAUGACUACGGCAAUACCUACCGUAUGAUUGAACAAGAUGACUUUGACAUCCAAGCGAGGUUGCAUACAAUUGUGAGAGGAGAGGAUGAGGCUGCUAUGGUGGAGUCAGUCGGACUUGCUUUGGUGAAAUUGCCAGAUGUUUUAAAUCGGUUGAAACCAGACAUCAUUAUUGUCCACGGCGAUAGGUUUGAUGCAUUAGCAUUGGCUACAAGUGCUGCACUUAUGAACAUACGAAUCCUCCACAUAGAAGGAGGUGAAGUCAGUGGAACGAUCGAUGACUCAAUCAGACAUGCUAUCACUAAGCUGUCUCAUUACCAUGUAUGCUGCACCCGGAGUGCCGAACAGCACCUAAUUGCCAUGUGUGAGGACCAUGACCGCAUCCUGUUGGCAGGCUGUCCCUCUUACGACAAGCUUCUUAAUUUGAAAAACAAGGACUACAUGGGGGUUAUGAAAUCCUGGCUCGGCGAUGUGAAACCUGGGGAAUAUAUUGUAGCUCUGCAACACCCAGUUACUACAGAUAUUAAACAUUCAGUCAAGAUGUUUGAGUUCACCUUGGACGCUCUAAUUUCCUUCAACAAGAAAACGCUGGUCCUCUUCCCAAACAUCGAUGCAGGAAGUAAAGAAAUGGUGCGAGUGAUGAGGAAGAAAGGUGUGGAGCACCACCCCAACUUCAGAGCUGUGAAGCAUGUCCCAUUUGAGCAGUUUAUCCAGUUAGUUGCACACGCAGGUUGUAUGAUCGGGAACAGCAGCUGUGGUGUACGCGAGGCAGGAGCUUUCGGAACACCAGUCAUCAAUUUGGGAACACGGCAGACUGGAAGAGAAACUGGAGAAAAUGUGCUUCACGUUCGUGAUGCAGACACCGAGAAUAAAAUUAUCCACGCACUUCAGCUCCAGUUUGGGAAAAGAUAUCCUUGCUCCAAAAUAUAUGGAGAUGGUAAUUCUGUCCCAAGGAUUGUGAAGUUUCUCAAAUCAAUCAGUUUGUCAGAACCUCUGCAGAAGAAGUUUUGCUUUCCCCCAGUGAAAGAAAAUAUAUCGCAAGAUAUUGAUCACAUCUUGGAGACGUUGAGUGCUUUGGCCGUUGAUCUAGGAGGAACAAAUCUAAGGAUAGCGAUUGUCAGCAUGAAGGGGGAGAUCCUAAAGAAGUAUGUCCAACCCAAUCCUAAAACGUACGAGGAUAGGAUUGAAUAUUUGAAGAUGUGCAUUGAAGCAGCAUCAGAAGCGGUGACUCUGAACUGUAGGAUACUUGGUGUGGGCAUUUCUACUGGUGGCCGCGUCAACCCACACGAGGGAGUUGUGCUUCAUUCUACAAAGCUGAUUCAAGAGUGGAGCUCCGUUGACCUGCGAACCCCUUUGUCAGACACUCUUCAUCUGCCAGUUUGGGUGGAUAAUGAUGGGAAUUGCGCAACACUAGCCGAGAGGAAGUUUGGACAAGGCAGAGGAGUAGAAGAUUUUGUCACAGUCAUCACUGGGACAGGUAUUGGAGGAGGUGUGGUCCAUCACAAUGAACUUGUUCAUGGCAGCUCAUUUUGCGCUGGUGAGCUGGGACAUAUCAUGGUGUCUUUCGAUGGACCAGAGUGCAUGUGUGGCAGCCAUGGCUGCAUAGAAGCCUAUGCGUCAGGAAUUGCCUUGCAAAGAGAAGCAAAGAAGCUGCAUGAUGAGGAUCAGCUGUUAGUAGAGGAUAUGUCAUUGAAGAAUGAUGAGUGCGUUACAGCUGUUCAUCUUAUCCAGGCCGCCAAACUGGGAAACUCCAAAGCCAGCAAUAUUCUGAAGACAGCUGGAACAGCUCUUGGCCUUGGGAUUGUGAAUAUCCUGCACACUAUUAACCCAUCGAUGGUGAUACUCUCCGGUGUUCUAGCAAACCAGUAUGCAAGUGCAGUGAAGGAAGUGAUACGCCAGAGAGGCUUGUCCUCCGUCCAGAAAGUCAAUGUUGUCGUAUCUGACUUGUCUGACCCUGCGCUCCUGGGAGCGGCGAGUAUGGUGCUGGACUAUACCACACGUAGGACAUACUAGAGACCUUUGGACUGUGGGGUUGUAACUGUUACAUUGCCAGCUUAUGUAGAUGCUUCAGUUCAUUUUCCAUCUUAUAUGUCAAUGCCAAAGUUUGCAAAUUGUUUUUAAGAAGAUAACAUAUUGCCCUGACCAACUAGAUGUUUGGGUAAACUCCAAAGGGAUCCUUGCCGCAUAGAAGAAAAAGACGACCAGAUAUCCUCACCUAAAUGGUUGAAUCAAUUGGAGUAGUAAAGAGCCAUGGGCAUUUGGAAGUUUUCCAUUCUUUCAGUUAAAGGGGUUGUCCACUUUAUAUAUAAUCUCUAUCGGCGCGGAGCCAACUCCCGGCACCCCCGCGAUCAGCUGUAUGAAGAGAAAGCAGCACUGGUACCUCCUCGCCGUCAGAACUGCAGCAGUGCGCAGGUGUAAUUACACCUAAGCCGUCCCAUUCACGUCUAUGGGACGGCUCCUUCCUGUACAAGUGAAUAGGACAGAGCCUUCCCAUUGAAGUGAAUUGGGUGGCUGAGAUGUAAUUCCACUGCUUACCGCUGCAGUUGCGAUGGCGAGGAGGUAAACGGUACGGGUGCCGCUUUCUCUUCAAACACCUGAUCAGUGGGGGGUGCUUCAUACAAACGGAUUCACUCAUCUCUAUUUUUAUAUGUUGGAUGAUUUUGUUUUUACUUAUUUUUAGAUGACUGCAGUAGAUGUAAUACUGUACUAUAUAUCUGUGCUUCUCAAAUUAUGAGAUGCGCUCACUGGUGAGAUGCACCCCAGUUAAUGGCGCAGCUCAGCCUGAAAAAACGCUCUGGUUGCUCCAGUCUGGUUUAGCUACAUUUUAAGGGCUCAUGCACACGAACAUAGUUUUGAUCCGCAUUGACCCAUUCAUUUUAAUGGAGCCACAGCCCCGCAAAAA